AGGUUCCUGGGUCAUACCAAGGAUCGUGGAAAUCGGGUGCGUUCACGGAGAUCAUUCUGCGCAGAUUCUGUGCCAAUAAGAAUUUCUGUAACAUGUACUAUUUUUUAAAAACCAAUCAGAUUAUACGGAUUUUCGAGUAAUAACAUCAGAGCAUGCAUCCAAUAGGAAUCUGUUUUUCACAAAAGAGUAAACUGGAUGUAUAUAGUUAUGUUCCUUCCGGAAACAACUGCCCUUUCAACCUUUUAAAAAAAUAAGUGUUUGUGCUUGCUCGGCUCAGUUUGAUAGAUUCAUAUUGUGGUAAUUUGAGUAAGAUUGGGAAAUCCGAUUUGUCAUAUAGAGUCUGUUUUUUUUGGUUUUUUUUUUUUUAAUCUGUUAAAUUGCAAUUUGUUUAGAAGCGUUGGUGCAUGUCACUUAGCACAGCCAACAGCGAGAGUUUUCUUUCAGUUUAUGAUGUGAUAUAACGUGACUACAUUCUAAUGCAGCAAUUGACAAAAUCGUGUAUAUGGGGAGGAAAGUGACAAAUUAUGCACGCAAAGUAUUUUCCAGCCCAAAAAUAAGGGGCAUUUAAUUCAGUGCUGAAAAUUAAUAUUGGACAAACACAGGGACAUACAGUAUACGCCAUUGUAAGGGAAUAACAUACAAACAAUAGGCUAUGUGCUAGUGUUCUGUAUUUAACCAUUUAACAUUUCUUGUGCAAACUCAUUUAAAGGAAUUUCUAAGCUUGAUGAUAUUUGGCAGUAACUUGUUGAUAUUGAAUUCAUGGCACAACUUGCAGCAAUGAGGACCCCAGAAGAAAUCUGUUGUGUUGUCACAGUUUUCAAAGCAACAGAGGAUUUCAUGUGUAUUGACAGAGAUGGUAUACAGGAGGAGGCCCUGGAUCUUUCCAUUUCUCAAAGUGAUGAAGCCUCAUUGAGCCCUCGAGCUGCAUUAGCCAGACCCUGUGAACCAUGGAGCUGCAGUGGGGUAGUUCUGAACAGCCAGACUGGCAUAACAGUCUGCCAUGGACUUAUCUUUACCCCCUUUCUCCUCAACAAAGACAUGGACCUGUCUGGCUGCCAGUUCCUGCUUCCUGAGAAUUUCAGUAAGCAGCUUCAGAUUGAGAUUCAGUUCUCCGAUGCAGUGCCUCCCGAGUUUGUCACAGCAAGGCAGAAGAACCAUACGGUGAACCAAUGCAGUGGAAAAACCUACAGGAAAACAAGACCCCAGUUAAACCCAUUGCCCCAGAAGGCUGAGCUCCUCAUGCUUGUGCCCUGUUUGGAAUUUCAGGAGACUUUCCAGAAGAUGUUUAACAAAUCAGACAAGUGGCAAUUUUAUAAUGAGCAAGAUGACUUCGAACUGAAGGAACUUCAAAAUGACAUUCAAUUUUUACACUGGUUUGCCGUUCUUAAAGUGCCAGGUUUCUUGAAGAAAGAAGCAGGGGCAAUGCCUUGGUUGGCUGCCACAAGCUUAAGAAAAGCGGACUUGGUGUUUGCUUGUGGUUCACCAUUUGGCUCUUUAUGCCCUGAUAUCUUCAUGAACACCCUUAGCAAAGGGAUAGUGAGUAACCUAGCAGGAGAGGGCAAUGCUGUGAUUCUCACUGAUGCACGCUGUUUGCCUGGCACUGAAGGAGGAGGACUUUUCUUGAAAAAGGGAGGCCACUUCUAUCUUGUCGGUUUGAUUGUGUCUCCACUCUACUGGAAGGCAAGUGAAUGGAUUGGACUUACUUUGGUUUGUUCAGUGGGGCAUAUUUUCAAAAAUAUGAGGCGGUUUGUAACUGAACAUGACCCCUCCUUUAAAGAGAUUUGGCCUCCAAUACCAAUGGACAGGACACUUGCCUUGCCUAGCCAAGUUAAAAUAAAGUUUGCCCUAAGUCAUCCUUCAGUGGUCUUAGUGGAGUGUGGUCAAUUCUGGGGCUCUGGGGUGCUGAUAAACUCUAGAUUGAUGCUUACGUGUAGACAUGUGUUGAAUGAGGCAACAAGAGUCACGGUGAAGAGCAACACCACCUAUGAAAGUUUCUUCUCUGUGGUAGGACAAGUGAUUUUUUCAACAAAGAAAUACUCAGCAUAUGACAUAGCUGUGGUGCAGCUCCAAACUGAUUUUCCUGACAAUACUGUGUGUGAACUUGCUUCCAGCUUUAGCCCAGGAGAAGAUGUCCUUGUUGUGGGUUUUGGAGUUUUUGGUCAGAGCUGUGGACCGUCUGUGACAGCUGGAAUUCUAUCCAGAGUGAUUACCUGUGAUUCCAGACCAGUGAUGCUGCAGACUACAUGUGCAGUUCAUGCAGGGGCCAGCGGGGGUGCUGUACUUCGAGCUGGAACUGGAGAGCUGCUAGGUAUUGUAUGCAGCAAUACCAGAGACACUGCAGCUGGGGUGACAUAUCCACACCUCAACUUCAGUAUCCCAGUCACUGUCCUGCAGCCACUGCUCAACAAAUACGCCCUGACUGAAGAUGGAGGUGUCUUUGAGGAGCUGGACAGAGCCAGUGAUGUGGUCAGGGAUGUGUGGAGGCUGCACAGCCCAAAUUGCCAGGCCCCACGCAGCAAACUGUGACUGUCACAGCACCUGACUGAGACAGUCAGCAGGGGUCAUGUCUGAGAAGAAACCUUCAGCCAACUGUGAUAUAGAACUAUUGUUUUUUAGUUAAAUUAAAUUGUACUUUCUGUACCAGUUUAUUCAGUAUUGAAUUUGAAUUAUCCAAUAUGUAUAAUUUUGUAACUGAGACUUUGAUAUGUAUUAUAUUUGCAUAAUAAGGUACAACUAUUUUUUAUUACUAUUGAUACGGUAAUAGAAAUGAUUGUACAAACUAAAUCUGAACAGUGUGGGA